AUGGUGCCCAAUUUAGUCGAAAGGAGAGGGUUAGUUGUGAGUAAGCUGCAUGAAUUUGAUCAGGCUCUUGGGCCGAUCCUCGACAUCCUUACCGACUCAGAGGAACUCGAAAGUUCAAGUGGAAAGGAGGAUCAGAAUUUGCUAGAAUAUUUGAUUCAAAAUCAUCAGUUUGAGGUGAAGAUGGUGGAUGUGAUUCACGAUUGUGCCAAGUUCAAGUUUGAGUGUGGAACCUAUGCUGAUGCAGCAGAGUAUCUAUACUUUUACAGACUGUUGGCACCUGCUGACCACCAGAAUCUAAUGAGUGCUGAGUGGGGAAAGCUGUCGUGUUCCAUUCUAGUGUAAGACUGGGACAGUGCUUUGGAAGAGCUCGCUAAACUGAGGAGGGAAAUUGAGGAGACACCAAAUGUUCCUCACCUGACGAGACUUCAGCAGAGAACCUGGCUAAUUCACUGGAGUCUGUUUGUCUACUUCAACCAUCCCAAGGGACAAGAGGAGAUUAUCAACUUAUUCUUAUUCACCCAAGAUUACCAGACGUGUUGUCCUCACAUCUUCCGUUACUUGACAGCUUUGGUCAUCACCAGCAAGAAGAGACAGACGCUGCUCAAAGACCUCGUUAGAAUCAUCAAACAUGAAUCUUAUGCUUAUCGAGAUCCUAUCACUGAGUUUGUGGAAUGCCUCUUAUGUCAAGUUUGAUUUUGACCUGGCUCAACAAAAGUUGGCAGAAUGUGAAAAAGUA